AGAUUUUGGAGGGGGAGGGGGGGAGGAGGAGGAGGAGGAGAGAAGUAACACGGUGAGGUACACGGUACCUCUUCUUGAAGUGACGAGGUAGAAGAGAAGGAGGGUCUCCGUGCUGGAGGUGGAAGAGGAACAACACGUGACCAAUGACUUAUAUAAAGGUGGAGAACGACAGGGCGCAAACACAGAGUUCUCUCUGCGCAGUGGAGGUCUGUGGCCGCAAAAGUGAUAGUAUUUUUUUUUUUUUUUAAUUGUACCCACCGUACCUCAAGCGAACUAAACUCGAAAAACACGGUGCCACGCGGGAGACACACGCAUUCGUAACCAUGAGGACGUACUACGUGAUAGCCGCCAUUCUGAUCGCCGGCGCGAGCGCCCAGGAGUCAUUCAAAUGCCCAGACGACUUCGGUUUCUACCCUCAUCACAUAUCCUGCGACAAGUACUGGAAAUGCGACAACAACGUCGCGGAGCUGAAGACCUGCGGUAAUGGUCUCGCCUUCGACGCGAGCGACAGCAAGUUCCUUACCGAAAACUGCGACUACCUCCACAACGUCGACUGCGGCGACAGGACGCAGCUCGAGCCAGCAGUGAGCACGCCGCAUUGUCCCCGACUUUACGGUAUCUUCCCCGACGAAAAGAAAUGCGACGUGUUCUGGAACUGCUGGAACGGAGAGACCUCCAGGUAUCAGUGCAGUCCUGGACUCGCUUACGAUCGUGAAGCCAGAGUCUGCAUGUGGGCGGAUCAAGUACCUGAAUGCAAAGUCGAAGAGGUCGCAGGAGGUUUCACGUGUCCCGCCGCGGGUGAAGUGAGCGGAGCAUCCGGCAGCUUCAGCAGACACGCCCAUCCCGAGGACUGCAGAAAGUAUUACAUAUGCCUGGAGGGUAUCGCCAGAGAGUACGGUUGCCCUAUCGGCACCGUCUUCAAGAUCGGUGACGCCGACGGCAGCGGCGCCUGCGAGGAUCCCGAAGACGUUCCUGGAUGUGAGGAUUACUAUGGUGACCUGGACCUAAAGAGCAUCAGGAAGAGCGAGCUGCUUGCCGGUAUACAGAAUUCGGGCGAGCCCAGGAAGCCCCACGGUCAACUCAAACCAAGGCCCCCGUCGGCACCCGCGAGGCCCAACACACCCCAGGAAUAAUUUCCAAUAACGCCCCUACCCACACCCCAACCCUCCAUUUAUCUAUUCCCCUUCUCGCGUCUUCGCGUUCCCUCGUCUCCAUCUCGGCAUCUUUCUCCGCAAACCUCUCUAUCUCUAUCUACGUCUCUCUGUUUCCCUAUUUCUGUCGCGCACGCACAAAACGAACAAUUUACCUAGAAUCCCGGGCGAACUCGGAAAAUCUCGCGCGAAAACGAUCCUGAUUGUCCGAUACCUCGAAAUGUGCGACCCUGAAAGUCGUCGAGUGCUCGGUCAACGUUCGAGGCAAAGCUUGUAAAGCUCGUGGUGGUGCGAAUAAUUCUAGGGUCGACAUUCUACUCGGAAGGUGGAAUCGUAUAUGGUAAUUACGUGUAUCGACCAGUCGCGAAUUCUUCGUAUCUAAUCGAACGAACUCGAACCACCCCCUAGAUGUCUAACCCCCUAGGUAUCUAAAGAUGAUUAUCUUUAGAUACCUUGAAUGAAUAGUGACCAUGAUCGCUGGUAUUUCAAGCCUAGACGCAAAUAUUGGUGUCAUGAACAUUGUGUUGCGAUACUCGCGCCUUUUCGUCGAGUUUUUAUCCCGUACAUCUGAUGUAACUUUGCGAUUAUCAGUUACACGAAUUCAUUUUGUCAGUCGGCUAGUUUUCGAACGACUAGAGUUGCGAACGUACAAUGAUAAAUCUUUUUAAUGGAUUCAUUUAUGUUUAUCGUUUCGAGGAAGCUUCAUAUUGGAUAAAGUAAAUGAACUUUUGCUCUCUUUCAGUGGAGAUUUAGAUAUGCUAUUAUUCUCGACCCUUGAAUAUGGAUAUUAGACGAUAAAAAAGAACGUACACGUUUAAUAUUUUUGUAUACUCUCUACAAAUUUUUGUACCAAUUUUAUUCGAAAUUCUUAAUUAACUUCUUCGGGGACGAAUUUUCUUCACGCUUUUCUUCUAUCUCUAACUGUACGUCGGAAAUAUUAGUGCAGCUAUUAUCAGUGCAGCCAGACCAUACAAUUUUUGUUCUUUUUAUUAUUGACAGUAGUUAUAAUUAUAAAAAACUAAACGUCCACAUAUGUGACCAAGGUCGUGAAGAGGUUAAUUAAUCUUCUACUUCGUUUUAAUAUUGAAUUUCACGAACGUUUAUGCAGAAUUCAUGUUUUUAUAGAUACAGAUGAUUUAUGUUUACACGAAAGUACGUCGUAUCUUCUAAACAGUGCAACGUGUACUUUAUAUAUUUUUGCGUUCGUGCACGACCAUUAUUUCCAAUCGCGAUAUAAACGUACAGUUUAGUUAUCAAAGAUUCGUCGAAGCUGCAAUUAUUCGCACCGCUAUAAUAAUAUCGGUGAACACCGUCGCGUUCGACAGAAAUCCACGAGAGACAAUUCGUUUCGAAUUUGGGGAGAGCGAAAAUUCGAAUUCCAUUCGCAUCAAUGUUCGCGCUAAUUAUUAAUUAGAAGAAGCGUCUCGCCGCCAACAAUGGCGUCGGGGGACAAUAAAAAUGAACCGAGUUGUUCGCGCGAUUUUAAUUCCCCGCGCCCUGUUCUCUGUCUUUCGUCGUCCAGUCAUUGUACUGUAGAAGAGAAAAUCGAACGAGGAACACGUGUAAAAUUAUUAAGAGACUGAUCGUAUAGCUCGUCAGAGCGUGGGAGGCUAAUUAAAAUCUGCGAACAUCGUUCGAACACUUUACCCUCUCUCGGUGAAUCUAUCUUCGAUUUUCUUUUAGCUCGUCUUCGUUUUCCUGAUGAAAAUUCGGUACAUUUAAUCAGGAUACUAACGUGUCAAGUUGCAAUCGUGUCGUCUCAUCGAUAACUUCCUCGUUGACCCUCCCUUCGAGUUUCCUCUUUCACUCUCUCUUGCCUGUUGUCGUCUUUGCACCCCUGAAUUUGUCUCUUUGCUGUUCAUACUCCCUUUGUUUACAAUGAGACGUUCGAUUUAGAAAAAGAAAAGAAAAGAAAAGAAAAGAAAAAAGAGCAUACGCAAAGGAAAGUAUCUCUGUGAUCGCGAUGUACGUGUAUUAUCGCGCAGGAGAACAAGUUUGCUGAAUUUCGUAGAGAAAUCCGAAUGAGAAUUCAGUGGACAGGGGAGUUUGAAAUUUCCUCAAUUCGAGAGCCCGUCCUGUCGCACUCUUGGCCUCGGUCGAGCAUGCUUGCGUAAGCUAGACUCAUCCGUAUAUUUGUAAGUAAUGUGAAAGAUUCGUAUAAUAAAUGGAAAAAAAUUCGUAAAAAAAAAAUAAGGUUGUGUGCUUUCGAAAAACCCCGAUCCCAGUUGCCUGAAUAUUUCCCCGUGUUGCUUUUUGUUUUGGAAAGUCACCCUCGACCGAACGUCGUGACUCUAACCCUUGCAUGCUUGUUUUACGAGUGAACAAAAUAACAAAUUUUUGUGUAAUUUCACGUUUGUGUUCUACUCUGUGAACUAGGGUCAGUAAUGGGCAAGAUAUCGUUCUGGGUGGGCCAAAUAAAUGUGACACAAGCCGUAACUUCGUUAUCGGUAUCCUUAGGCCUUAGAGUAUAAUUUUACAGGGAGAAAAACUAUAUAUUUUAUAUAUAUAUAUAUAUAAUGGCACAUGUCCAUUCCAUAGUUGUAUUAUUUUCUUUAAUGGAAUCGCAUGCCCUCUUCAAGAAAAAAAAAAUGAAAAAUAUCAAAAAUCGUAUAAAAUCUGUAGACUGAAAUGAACUAAUCAAUUUUUAACCAUUUGAACACUUUUUUACUUUAACUAUACUUAAUACUUUUUUAUAUUUUAAAAUAUGCAUUUCAAUUUAAGAACAUAAUGCAACUAUCAAAUGCGUAUACGCGCCAUUGCACUUGUAAAAAAAAUAUGAUGCUGCAAAUAUGAUACCGAACCAUUUAUUUUCUCACUUUCAAUUCUUUUUUCUAAAUACACUGAUAACGCAGUUACGAUGUGUCACACUUAUUGGGCCUACUCGUACCAUCGUUGCCGGACAGAUAAUAUUAAACUAUGCAUCUCCUUCGUUUAAAUUUUGUUUUGCUUAAUUAAAUUAACAUCGAUUAAUAUUACACUGAUAUCUCACUAUCCACGAUAAAUAAUAUUAACACUAAUACAAAAAUGAAUUCGACUAAACCAAUUGUAUACAUUCUAACUCACUGUCGGCUGUGAUACAGUAAAGUACUUCCGUAUUGACCCCAUAAAACCCUGAAAAUCUAGUUGAUAAGCAUACUGUCCUUUCGCUCUACCUCUAUCUUCUUCGCUACAUGUGUAAGACAAUUAUAAUUCUGUAAAUAAUA